AUGGUCGCUUCACGGUUCUCUGGAACUUUUAUCCGCUCCCUCUCGACGACGGGUGCCGCUCGGGCACAGAACAACGCCAAUGUCAACCAGGAGAUGCUGCGUUUCCGAUCCGUUGUUACCCCAGCCGCCAGGAAAAUCCCUGGUCGCUACGGCGGUCGGCACACCGUCACGGCUCUGGCCGGUGAUGGUAUUGGUCCUGAGAUGGUGGAACAUGUGAAGUCCGUCUUUACAUUGGCUCAUGUUCCUGUUGAUUUCGAGGAGCUGAACCUGAACUCUUCGAGCAUCGGUGCGGGCGAGAACGAUUUGCAGGAGGCCAUCACUUCGAUCCGUCGGAAUGGUGUUGCAUUGAAGGGCAACGUUGAAACGAAGUUUGACGAUCCCGCCUUCAUGUCUCGCAACAUGGAGCUGCGCCGCUCUCUGGAUCUUCGAGCCAAUGUUCUUCAUUGCUCGACUAUCCCUACUAUUCCCAGCCGCCACACGGGCAUCGACAUCAUCAUGAUCCGUGAAAAUACGGAGGGCGAAUACUCUGGUCAGGAACACGCCUGCGUCCCAGGGGUCGUCGAAUCGCUCAAGAUUGUCACGAGGGAGCGCAUCGAAUGGAUUUCUCAUUUUGCCUUUGACUACGCUCUUCGUCACAAUCGCAAGAAGAUCACCGCGGUUCACAAGGCGAACAUUCAGAAGCUUGGUGAUGGUCUCUUCCUGAAGGUUGUCAACGAUGUCGCCAAGCUUUACCCUUCGAUCGAAUGCGACGCCAUGAUCGUCGACAACGCCUCCAUGCAGCUGGUAUCGCGGCCUCAGCAAUUCGACAUCAUGCUCAUGCCCAACCUAUACGGAAACAUUAUUUCCAAUAUCGCGUGCGGUCUGGUUGGUGGUGCCGGCUUGGUGUCGGGGAUCAACAUCGGUAACGACUAUGCUGUCUUCGAAACGGGUACGCGCAACACCGGAACGUCGUUGGUCGGCAAGAACCUGGCCAACCCAGCCUCCUUCCUCCGCGCCAGCGCCGACAUGUGCAAAUACUUGGGCUUGAGCGAACAGGCCGACAUGAUCAGCGAUGCUGUUUUCCGCACCCUUACCGAGAAGCUGAUUCACACCCCGGAUAUCGGAGGCAAACACACCACCAGCGAUAUGAUCCGCUCGGUCCAGGAGUUCCUUAUUCAGGAUAUGGAGCGUCGCAGCCAA